UCCCGGUGGUCCCAUCCCAUUCGUCAUUUCCAGGCGCAUGGCCAACGCGACCAACGUGCCGGGAAAACGUUUAAUUCAACAGUUCGUGCGGGUGUCGCUCGCCACAAACAUUAUUCGAAAAAAGAAGCGCAAAUAGGUCCUGAUCUUCGAGUGUUGCGUGCACCGCAAUAGAUAAUGCGACUACACUGUUUCUUCCCCAUGGUCUUAUUCUACAUCGAAAUGGGAUCUAUCACUCUUGCAUCAAGAGUUGACAGGAGGAGAAACGAGAGCUGCAACUGCUACGAUGUUACAGAUUAUGAGAUGGACUACGAAUGCAGAUGUACGUCCAGAAAUCUCACCACAAUACCAAGAGAUCUAGGCCACAAUCUCACAAAGCUAACCGUAUCCGAUGCGAAAAUUGUUUUUAUCAAGAAGAGCAGUUUGGAUCCCUAUAGAAGAACCCUUAGAGAUGUGUCUCUCAGCAAUUUACCUUAUUUGAGGGAAAUCGAAGAUGGCACCUUCGGCAACAUACCAAAUCUACGAACGAUAUAUAUAUCUUCUGUACCGAAUCUGCAGUUCGCAUAUGGUCUAUUGCAGCAUAUAACUUCGAUAAAAUUUUACACCCUAAGGAUCGUAGAAACAGGAUUGCUUCAAGUUCCAGAGUUUUCAUUCCUCCCAAGCGACAAUGUUGUGCAUCUUCUGGAACUAGAUCGGAACAAACUAAAGAAACUCACAUCGAACUCAAUCAAUGUUAGAGCUGAACAAGUGACGCUGAACCAUAACGAGAUCUCUGUUGUGGAAAACUACGCCUUCAAUGGAUCAGAAAUCGGAAAAUUAAAUCUUCGCGGAAACAGAAGGCUCAAGACUCUGGAAGUUGACGCUUUCAAAGGAACGAGAAGCUUGAUAGAAUUGGACUUAUCAGAGACGUCCAUCGAAGAACUGCCUGCUAAGGGAUUGGACGGAAUCGAAAUCUUGAGAAUUGAGAAUACUCCCUCAAUGAAGGUUAUUCCCAGUAUCUAUGACUUAGAGAACCUGAAAGUGGCGAGAUUGACGCAUUCGUUUCACUGCUGCGCCUUCAAGUACCCAAAACGUCACAAUCCCUCAAGAUACGCCGAGAUUUCUGGAGAGCUCAAGCGAUAUUGUGAACAACACAAAGAUCUAGACACCGGGCAGUUCGUUCCAAAAGCUGCGAAGGUCAGAACUAGGCGGCUGACGUCUAGGGAAAUUUCAGGCUGGGAUUCAACAGACAGUCAACAAUUCGCCAACACAUAUCACGGAGGCGAACUAAAAACCUGGGGCAAAGAGGGACACGUCCUGAAUAGAAAUGAAUCCGUGUUUUUGAAACCCCAGAGAGGACAGACCAUAGAUCAUGAGGCGGCUCGGCCAGUUGAGAUUGACGAUGAUUUCGGCACUUUUCACGCAAAAUCUGCCGACGUUUCCAGGUCUUCACAACGCGUGAACGCCUUCUGCGGGAACCUGUCCAUAAGGAUUCCCCUGGUGAAAUGCUAUCCGGAGCCAAACGCCCUAAACCCUUGCGAGGACAUCAUGGGGUACUCCUGGCUCAGAAUUUCCGUAUGGUUCGUAGUGAUACUGACAGUGACCGGCAAUUUGGCUGUGAUAAUAGUUGUUAUAUUCAGUGGUGGAGACAUCAGCGUAACCCGUUUUUUGAUAUGCAAUCUUGCCAUUGCUGACCUCUCUAUGGGCCUCUACCUGGCUCUGAUAGCUUUCAUGGACUUGCAUUCUGUUGGGAGCUACUUCAAUUACGCGUACGACUGGCAAUACGGCCUCGGCUGCAAAUUGGCGGGAUUCCUCACCGUUUUCGCUAGUCAUUUGUCCGUAUUCACGCUGACUGUCGUCACAAUAGAGCGCUGGUUCGCAAUCACCUACGCCAUUUAUCUCACGAAGAGGAUCCAUAUUGGGACCGCAGCAAAGACUAUGAUAUUCGGAUGGAUCUAUUCUAUCGUUGUUGCAGCAUUGCCUCUCAUGGGAGUCAGCAAUUACAGCAGCACCAGUAUCUGUUUACCGAUGGAAGUAAACAGACCUAUCGACAAAGCCUACCUCUACUUCAUGAUCCUAGUCAACGGUGUAGCAUUCGCACUUAUAGUCUACUGCUACGCCAGGAUAUACUUCAGCCUGGGGUACGAGACUAGAAGAUCGAGUUCCAAAGGAGAAUUGACGAUUGCGAAAAAGAUGGCGUUGCUCAUAUUCACAGACUUCGCCACCUUUGCUCCAAUUGCCUUCUUUUCUCUGACUGCCCUGGCGGGUUAUCCUUUGAUUGGAGUGACUAGGUCGAAGAUAUUGCUGGUUUUCUUCUACCCGCUGAACUCGUGUGCCAAUCCCUACCUCUAUGUCAUAAUGACAGCUCAAUAUAGAACGGACUUCGUUCAGCUGCUUGCCAAAUGUGGCUACGACAAGCAUUUGCAACGGAGAAACACCGCCUCUUCUAAUCACCAGAUGCAGGAGGUGAUAAACUGCAAGGGUCCAUAUCCUCUCUUACCGGCAGAUGAAUGCAAACAUUUGGACUCUUCAAAUAAUUUCCAUAACGACGUUUAUGUUUGAGUAUCUCAAUUUUCCGAGAUGGCUGAGUUGUUCGUUUGUUCAAACGUUGAAGUCAUUGUGAGAGUAAUUUUUAGAGCUCAAUACUUCAUUGUGAUUUAGGAUUAUUAUAGGAAGGAAUUUUAAACCAUGUAUAUAAUAUUUGAAAUGAAUGUACAAAUCUAUAUAAAAUAAAUGUCGAAAAAGUUUCACUGAA